AUGUUUGGACGUCGUGUUUUCGCGAGCGCGCCGAUCCCACGCCACCUCUACGCACGGCUGCACAUCCAAACGAGCUCGCAGGCCGCGCGUCGGAUGCCCUCCCUCGCGCCGCUUUCCUCGCUGGAAGGGAAAAACUCUAAUGUUUUGAAUUCUUUAGCCAUCGCUAGCGCCCGGGAUGGCGCGGUGGGGGCAAAUUCAUCCCCUUCCCUCGCGAAGAUGGAGGAGCUCUUCGCGGUCUGGGCUCCACUCGGAAGCACCGCCGCGUUGGCGUUUCUGCAGUUGAAUGGGAAGGGCUUAACAAGUUGGUGCAUGCCAUUAACGAACCUUCGCUUUCGAUUUCAUGAGACCUCAUUGAGUGGAGGGGAGAUGAUGCACUCCUUUUGA